UCAACUAUUGAACACCGACAAUAUUGGAUAUAACAAUUAACAAGAAAUAUAUAGGAUUGAUUAUUCUUGCACCCUCCUUCUCCUGAAAAAAGGACGGCACAGCAUAAAUUGGAGAGAGAAGCAAGAAGGCAAGAGGACAGAGAUUGUUUCAAUUUGUCAAAGAAGAGUCCGAUCCAUGGAUGGUGAGAAUGCGAAAACAAGUGUACAAGUUCUGUGUCGUAAGUUGGUGAUCAUCAAGAACGAACCAGGCCUUCAAUGGCUUAUUGGAUCUCCUUUCUUCCCUCCGUUUACAAUUGCCUCCACCUUCAGAUGCAUCCAUACCCUACCCUCCAAUCCACUCGCCCCAGAUUAUGCCAAGGAGUCGGAUGACCUAAGGACACUGUUAUUGAAGGGUUUUGAAGUAAUCGGAGCGUUGAUUGUUAGAAACAAUCCUGAUUUUGAUCAAAUUGCGACUGAGGCCAUCGAUGCCUCGUGCAAACUGAGGAAUUUUAUUUCUGGUAAUGUUGAGGGAAGAAACUCAAUUAAUCUUGAUUUGGUUGGAGCUGUUGCGGAUUUGAAUACUGGCAAUGUUCGGUUUUUUGUAUCGAGGUUGGGAAAUUCGACAAUGUUUGAGUCUGUUAGUGAUGUUCUUUAUCAUGAUCAGCCUGAGAAGUAUAUUUGGGAGAGAGGUUGCAUACUUCGAUGCGAGCUUCCAGUUAAGUUGCCAGUUUAUUGUCCUGUAGACAGUCCGAAAGAAGCUGAAGACAUGUAUUUGUGUGCAACUGAUGUCAUUGCUGCUAGACUUAAAGAUCCACACGUCACAUACAUGGUAGAAACAUUACAUGAAUCCUCAACUGAAGUACCUCAUCCUGUCAUUGUUCGUGGUGUGGAAUUGGAUUUCCAUGCAGAUCUUAGGAAUGCUGAAGCUGAUGCAAAAUCUUUAGCAUGUUUGUACUUCUGUUCAGAAAGUAAAGAUAUCCAAUCAUUUACUUCCAUAGAGGAGAAUGCAGAUAAGAUCCAAGUAAGUGUCCUACUAAAUAGAUCAGAAAAUUCUCCCAAAUCUGCUGCACCUAUUGCUGAAUAUUUCCCAGCUUUGAAAGAAGCCAAACUUUUGGUUGUAGAUUAUAAGUUAGAAGUGCUUUGUUAUGCGGCGAAGGAUCUUCCACUGAAGCAGGCAGUUUCAAAAUUGAUCAUCCCUGGGUUAGUUGACCAGUUGUGUACCAUGAAGAACACAAUUUUGCCCAACCUCUUAGGACAGCAACCCUUGCUGCGCCCAUAUCACUUCAGUCCUCCUGGGUUUUUGCAUCCAAUAAGUGUUAUCUAUGAACUCAGUUAUGGGGAGACAGAAAUGAAGCAAGUUAACGUUAGAAGAUCCCUACAUUUGAGGCUGGGAUUACCUUCUGAUCGUCCUCUCCUAAGAAUUGCCAAUGCCAUAAAUUUAUUUACACUGAAGGAUAGUGCAAGAAGCAACUCAAUAUGGAAGGGUUCCUCUUUGCCGAAGGAUGUUCAUCUUGGGAUUCCAAGCAGUGGGGUUUCUGGUGGCAUUGUCUCUAUGGUUCAAGGUUCUUAUGAAUACCAUCAUUACCUUCAAGAUGGAUUCAAUGACUCAGGCUGGGGUUGUGCCUACCGCUCUCUACAAACUAUCAUUUCAUGGUUCAGGCUUCAACAUUACACAUCCAUUGAUAUUCCUUCACACAGGGAAAUACAGCAGUCACUUGUGGAGAUUGGAGAUAAGGAACCUUCAUUUAUAGGGUCACGUGAAUGGAUUGGAGCUAUUGAAUUAAGCUUUGUUUUAGAUAAACUUCUCGGUGUCAGUUGUAAAGUCAUAAAUGUUAGAUCGGGAGCUGAGCUUCCUGAAAAAUGUCGAGAGCUGGCAUUGCAUUUUGAGAACCAGGGAACACCGAUUAUGAUUGGUGGUGGAGUUCUUGCAUAUACUCUUCUGGGGAUUGAUUACAAUGAAACAAGUGGAGAUUGUGCAUUUCUGAUACUUGAUCCUCACUAUACAGGCAGUGAUGAUCUGAAGAAAAUUGUGAAUGGUGGAUGGUGUGGGUGGAAGAAGGCUGUUGAUAGCAAGGGAAAGCAUUUCUUUCUACAUGACAAAUUCUAUAAUCUUCUGCUACCACAAAGGCCCAACAUGGUUUGAUCAGAUCUCAGCAACUGACAAGGGGUUAUAAACCAAGAGCAAGAAAUCAAUGAUUAAGGUGUGUUGCAUUCAAAUAGAGAUAUGUCAAAUUUGGGAUAGGUGAGAAAAAUAUGAAUUAUCGUAUAACAAACUCUUCAUUUCAUUUAAAUACAAAGGUUUGAAUUUUGGUAGCUUGUAGCCAGGGCAGAAUUCGGUUGCUUAUUUUGUUGCCAUUAUUUUAUGGUUGGAGCAAAGUUUGUUCUUGA